GCACCUCUCUCUCUCUCUCUCUCUCUCUGCAACCCAUAUCUAAUUCAAUUUGCAAUCCAAUUUUCCAGUUUCAAGAUAUUUUCUUUAUUGCUCUGGGGGUCUGGGCGUGGUGCGUGGGAGAGAGGAUUAAAGAAAAAGGAGAGGGUUAAUUCAUUAAUUUAAUUAAUGGCAUACAAGGUGGAUCAUGAAUACGAUUAUCUGUUCAAGAUUGUGUUGAUUGGAGAUUCAGGUGUUGGAAAAUCCAACAUUCUUUCCAGAUUCACUCGUAAUGAAUUCUGCUUGGAAUCCAAGUCUACUAUUGGUGUUGAGUUUGCAACGAGGACUCUUCAGGUAGAAGGGAAGACAGUGAAGGCACAAAUAUGGGACACAGCUGGCCAAGAAAGGUACAGAGCUAUCACCAGUGCAUACUACAGAGGUGCAGUUGGUGCGCUCUUGGUUUAUGAUAUAACCAAGAGGCAAACAUUUGAUAAUGUCCAGAGGUGGCUUCGUGAGCUAAGGGAUCAUGCAGACUCUAACAUUGUCAUCAUGCUGGCUGGAAACAAAACUGAUCUGAACCAUCUCAGAUCAGUCUCAGCAGAAGAUGCUCAAAUGCUGGCCGAGAAGGAAUGCCUUUCAUUUCUUGAGACUUCAGCUUUGGAAGCUUCCAACGUUGAAAAGGCAUUCCAGACCAUUUUGCUGGAUAUCUACCAAAUUAUUAGCAAAAAGGCACUGGCAGCACAAGAGGCAGCUAACUCGACAGGACUUCCCCAGGGGACUACUAUUAAUAUUGGAAAUUUGUCGACGAAUAUCAACAAGAAAGCUUGUUGUUCUAAUUAGCAAAGCGUGUAUCUUACGGAUUCGUAAAACAAGGCUAGCAGAAUAUCUUUCAUUUAUGUGACACAGACAUGAACGAGCAUUUAUUUUGUUUUU